GCUGAUUUUUGUUUUAAAUCUCCAGGCCUUUUACUUCUCCCGAGAUGACAUUGCCCUCCCAGGCUUUGCCCAUUUCUUCAAGGAGAACAGUGAGGAGGAGAGGGAACACGCUGACAAGUUGCUGGCCUUCCAGAACAAUAGAGGUGGACGCAUCUUCCUCCAGGAUAUCAAGAAACCAGAGCGUGAUGAGUGGGGAAGUGGACUCGAGGCGAUGCAGUCUGCCCUACAGCUGGAGAAAAAUGUUAACCAGGCUCUCCUCGACCUGCACAAAUUGGCCUCUGAGCAUGUGGAUCCCCAU